AGGAGCGAGCGCGUGACAGCGGAGCAGGCUGAGCCGAGCGAAACCUCCUAUAGUGAUAAUCCUUGCAAAGAGUGGAUAAGAAAAUAAAUGAUCAGCAAAUACUAACACAGACCAGUGCAUUGCAACGACAGCGGGGGCGCCAGAUGUUUCCUACGGCUGCAUUGCAUUUUCUGUGCAAAAUCAGCUUUGUGAUGGCGAGCUCCCGACAUUAACCUCGCUGAGGCACGCAGUUGUGUUGCUUGGACUCGUGGUUUUGCUCCUGUUUCUAGCCUGAGCCCUGGAACCGGCCAGGAGCUGCGGAAGACAAUGGUCUCGUUAAACCACAGUGAGCCACUGUGCAUUAGCGACCUGCUGCCGGCAUCGGGAGGCAGUGGUGGACUGGCCCCCGGCCAGCUAGGGGCUAGCCCGGCCCAGCCAGUGGAGGACAGCAGCAGCGAGGGCUGCAGCCCCCGGUCUUGCUCGAGCCCGGACUCACAGGAUGGUAGCGCCAACACCAGCCUACUGGAGCGGUGUGGCGUGGUGGGGAUGUUGAUGUCGAACCUGGAGGGCCGGCAGAACCAAAGGGCAGGCACCCACCAAUCCCCGGUGUUCGAGGCUGCGGUGACGGCGCCUGACUUCGUCCCGAGCUCCUCAGACAACUUCAUCCCCACGCUGGAGGAGAUCGAGGAGUUCCUGAAGGAGAAGAUGGGGAUGGUGAAGGAGGAACUCUCAGAGAGCGGGGCACCGACUUCGGAGGCAGAGAUCAAGGUGGAGGUGAAGUCGGAGGCAGCUGUGGAAUCCGGUGGACUUCUGGAGGGAGGGGGAGGUGGGUCAAGCCCGGGGGCGAGCAGCACGGCCACGAUGGGCGGCGUUCCUGUCCUGCUGCAGCUCCAGCCCGCCCAGGCUCCAGCCGCGCAGUCCCUGACAAAUGCCCCCAGGCUGGCGCAACUGAUCGUCAACGUGCAAGGCCAGACCUUCGCCCUGGUGCCCCAGCUGGUGCCAGCCCCCGCCAGCAGCAGCGGCGGCCGCCAGUUCGUGAAGAUCGCGCCGCUGCCCAUCGCGGCAAGGUCUGUCACCGUCGGUGGGCUGGUCAGCGUGGUGGACGCCGGCCAGAAGCUGCAGAAGCCGCCGCCCUCAGCCGAUGUCAUCAGAGUCCACAAGUGCUCGUUCCCCGGCUGUAACAAGAUGUACACUAAGAGCAGCCACCUAAAGGCACACUACCGACGGCACACCGGCGAGAAACCCUAUUCCUGCACGUGGCCAGACUGUGACUGGCGAUUUUCCCGAUCAGACGAGUUGUCCAGGCACCUCCGCUCCCACUCAGGAGUGAAGCCGUACCAGUGUAUCAUCUGUGAUAAGAAAUUCGCACGCAGUGACCACUUAUCCAAGCAUGUGAAAGUGCACCGAGGACUGAGAAACAGCAGAAUAACCCGGACAGCCAGUUAACGUUUGGCUCUCCUCCCACUUUGUCAGGGGAUACACACAAGGGCCAUUUCACUUGUGUAUGCAAUGUACAGAGGACAUGGAAAUGCAUUAAUGUGCGUGUGUAACUUAGGAUCUCAGUGAGAGAGGGCUUUAGAGGUUCUUACUUUACAAAGUUAUUUCUAUAGAAGUGAAACUCAUUUAUCACUUAACGUCUCCUUUAUUCUGCUCCUCGUUGUAUAUUUGCAGAAACGUAGGUCAAUCCAAUAUAGACUCCCAGCAGAUUUUUGUGCUUCUGAUGAUAUCAGUCAAUAGGAAAUAAUAUCAGGAACUCCCUGGAAAAACGGAACACAAUGCAGCUUUAAAAAAGAAUCAUUUUUACAUAGUGAAUUUUCCGAUCUGGAAUUGGCCGUCAAGAGGAUACAUGCUCAAUAUUGACUUUCCGAGAGAAACAAGAUAAAGGGCAGGCACGGUGAUGGAAGAGCAGGGAAUGGAAACGGGUUUAUUGCACUUUCAAGACUUGGGUACAAGUACGAUGAUCAAAUGGCAGCUUCGUGUCUUACAGUGGUCAUGGUGGAUUACUACAGAUAAUGGCAGAAGUACUCAGGUUUUCAGGCAGUUUUCUGUAUGUGGAGAGAGGGAGAAACAGAGUCAGUGUUUUAUUUCAAUGGCCCUUGAUCAGAACUGAGAAAGAUUGAACAUCUGUAAGUUGCAGAAGAGGGUGGGGAGAUGAAAGAGCGGUAGGUACCAAAGGAGGGAAGGUGGUGCAGGUUUCGUAAUCUGUGCGGAGGAGGAGUAAACAAAGGACAAAGAUGAGAGGGAAGUGUGAGAGCAUUGUUUAAACCCUAAAUCUCAAACACUGCAGAUGCUGAAAGUUUUGUGCUUUUCAGUGAAAGGUUAUUUGUUUUACUUCCAAACAAGCAUCCCAUCAGCCUGGAGUUUAAAUCCCAGCAAAUAAGACAUUUUGUAAAGAAAUCAAGUUGGCUAUGAUCUUCUUAUAAGCUACAACAUGAUCAGCUUGUUAUUCAAACUUCAGUUAACAUAGUUAACUCCGUGCUCUUUAAUGUACCAUUCUAUAACUAUUAUUUAUAAAAAUGUCAAUCUCAGGGCAAUUAGGUGUAAGCUUGCCAAUAUAACGAACACUUGCCAACCCAUAUCCAGAGAACAUUUUAAUGAAAACUUCUGCAGGGUAUGAUUUCAUCUGCAAAAGAGGGCAUGAGGUUCCAUCUCCAAUAAGUGCCCAUGCUGCACGUAUGUAGCAGGUAUCCCACCCAUUGUUCAGAAUGUCUCUGAGGUUCUAGAUUGGGAAAUGUGGCAAAAGUUGUGCAUUCCCUUUGCUGAGAGAUGUCUGUCAGCCCAACACUAGUGAUGACAAAUCCAUGGUCCAGUCUAGUCCUGCACACUACAUCCUGGCUCCAGUGUUUAAUUCCUCAAACUCCUUCCUUGCAGCACUUUAAACAUCUCCCAGUCUGGGUCUGGGCACUUGGUUACAUUUUAAGUAACUUUUAGAAUAAUUAUAGCCCUUAUGUAAAAUUAUUCCAAACACCUAGUACUCUUGAGUAGAAAUAAAAAUCCUAACAUCAUUUUACACUUACUUUUCAUGAAUAUUAUUUGACAACUUGGCCAUAUUGUGGGGUGGCACGGUAUUGUGGUUUGCACAGCCCUUUACAAUUCCCGUCGCUGACUGUAAGGAGUUUGUACGUUCUCCCCGUGACUGUCUAGGUUUCCUGUGGGUGCUAACGGUUUCCUUCCACAGUCUAAAGACAUACUAGUCGGUAGGUUUAUUGGUUGUUGUAAAUUGUCCCGUGAUUAGGCUCAGAUUAAAUCAGGAAAUUGCUAGGUGGCGCAGCUCGAAGGGUUGGAAGGGCCUAUUUUGUGCUAUAUUUCAAUAAGUAGGUAAAAAUACCUUUCAAAGCAGAAAUCUGGAUCUCCAUUAAUAGGUAAAACUUUGAACACAAAAUACUCUGCAGAUGCUGGGGUCAGAGCAACACUCACAACACGCUGGAGGAACUCAGCAGGUCGGGCAGCAUCCGUGGAAAAGAUCGGUCGAUGUUUCGGGCCGGAACCCAGAGGGCAGCAUCCGUGGAAACGUCGACCGAUCUUUUCCACGGAUGCUGAGUUCCUCCAGCGUGUUGUGAGUGUUGCCAUAGGUAAAACUUUUGCAGCCAAAAUGUCAAAAACCGUUUAUUUACUCUCAUUCCCAAGCACGUCACUUUAAUGUACAGCUUUACUUGGAAAAGUUUCUCAAAGUUUCUACCUAAAAAGUAAUUAUGUGUUCAUUGGCAGUGCUUACAUACUGAGUUCACAGGCUGGGAAUUUAGCUUUUUUUACAUUACACUUUUCUUUUGGAAUUCUAAUUACCCAGAAUCUUAAAAUUUUGCCUUGUGCAGUUUCUGAGGAUAUACAGACAGGAGAAGGUAGAUCCACACUGAAACUUAGAUUUACUCUUCUCAUUCUUUCAACAUCUCUUCAUUCCCUUGCCUAGCAAUCAUUAUCACCCUCACUCUUGGUCUUUUAAAGGACGGUUCUCAAGAUGUAUGUGAGAGAAAUGGUUCCACAACCCUUUGUGUUAAAUUUUCCCCAAUCCCAGUCCUGAACAUCUUAGUCCUAACUUUGAGAUGAUGGUGCUUUAGGCCUGAUUUCUGCAAUAGAAGUCAGGGCUAAAGCAUCAUUACCAUUGGACAACAAUUGUUUUCCAAAAAUGUGCUUCCUCAGAAAUUAUUUUUUGUUUAUGAUAGACUGCUUGAAGCUGAACACAAACAUAAUUUCUGAUUAUUUGUAUGACAUAGGAAGUUGGAGAAACAAGAAAUUUGCUUGUAUUGAAUAAAAUGGGUAUAAUUUCAUAAUGGUGCUGAUGCUUUGCAAUAGUUCAACUACAUUAAAUAUGGUUUAUUCAUGAUUUUAAUUUGUAGUCAACAUCCGAGGCUUCGCACUUAAGUACUCAACAAUAAUCAACCAGCAUUGAUGGAUUUCAGUUGCGCUGAUACCGUUUCUCCAUGACCACUAUGUCCUGGUGAAAUCUUCACCAUGCUCAUCACUGACAGUGUCAAGAUUUGCAGAGAAGUUUAAAUGGGAAUGCAGAAAAUGAAUCUUUAAUGACAUGUUGCACUUCAUGGUUUUGUAUGCUUGAAGCAUAAUGUCAACCAGCUGCAUGUCACUCCCGAAACGUUGACUGUACACUUUUCCUAGAUGCUGUCUGGCCUGUUGAGUUCAUCCGGUAUUUUGUGUUUGUUGCACAUAGUUUGGUGCUCUGUAGUUGCCAAGAAAUUUUUCAACAGCAUCCUUGAACGCCUUCCAUAUGAUUUUUUUUUCCCGGUCCCACUAGAAGUUCUUCGAAAUGCCUGUUGUUGAUGACCUGUUUGAUUUGUGUACCAACUAAAAUGCCUUCCUUAAUAUUGGCAUCAAUUAUUCUGAUUUGAGUUACAAAUCAAAAUAACAAAUAUAGAUGAUUACAAAUAAAAAUACUGCAUGAUAGGGAAAUGUCAUGGUGAUUUCCAUGAUUAGCACCCCAAAAUCUGUAAGAUACACCCAAAAGUAUUCAGGAAGCAAAAUCUUUAUUAUCCAGAGUUAUCUUAAACCAUUCAAAACGGUGGAUCAUAGAAAUAGUACUUGGAGCACUGUAAACACGUAAAAAAAAACAAGAAUUUAUGGUUUUAUGGUGUUCUGCUUCUUGACAGCUUCAAGUCUGGUGUUGUCCUAGGUCACUCCUUUGCUUAAAAUCCUUAGCAAUAUUUUAUAUUACAGGCAGACCUCAGAGAAAGCAUUUACAGAGCUGAUUUAUGAUAGAACAUAGAACAGUACACCACAGGAACAGGACCUUUGGCUGCAAUGUUGUGCCAAACUAAUUGAACUGGUAAUUAAAAUGCCUGACUAAACCAAUCCUUUCCGUCUGCAGAGUAUCCAUAUCCCAUCAUUCUCUGCACAUUCACAUGCCUACGUAAGAGACUCUUCAAAACCUCUAGUGUAUUUGCCUCCACUACCACCCCUGGCAAUGCAUUCCAGGCACUCUCUGUGUAAAAUAACAACCACGCGAAAUUCUGCAGAUGCUGGAAAUCUAAAACAACAUACACAAGAUGCUGGAGCAACUCACGAGAAAUUCCUGCAUUCCUCCAGCAAUAACGUGCCCUUCUCACCUUAAAUGCUUGCCCCCUGGCAUUAUGUAGGUUUUCUACUUUGUCCUUCUAUAGGAAUGCAAAGGGAAUUAAAUAAAUAUGAAGAAAACAGUAUAAUGUGUAUGAAUUGAAAUUGCAGCUCUUGCCAAGUUAGAUAGUGUCAUGGAAAGAGAGAAUUAUACUUUGAAGUUCAGAUUUACUUUGCUGAAGGAUUUCUUAUUUGGAGGCCAGGUAUUGGAAGGGAGAAACCAGACUGUUUGCUGCUGAUAUCUAUACAAGAGAGCCCAAGUUGUAAAGAAUGAGUUAACAAGGUAACCAAAGUCUUUGGUUUGUCACAUUCAGCUGAUCUUCAGUGUCUACACAAGAAGUACAUAGAACGAGAGGUUGCUUAGUGUCUGUAGUGACCUAUCGGUGAGAAACCUAGGAAGAUGAGUUGGGGAAAUUAACGAAAGGAUUUGGUUUAAAAUUUAUCAGGCCACUAUUGGGCCAAAGUAAACCCAUUGUGGGCUAAGCUGUGAUUGGAGGUCCUGUGAAGUUCUUUGGCAGGUUUUAUGAUCAGUCAAGGUGUUUUUUGUAAGUUCAUGAAAUAUUCAACAAAAAAGCAACACUUUUAGAAGCUACCAUGAAUCCCACCCCCCACCUCAAAUUUUAACAUGGACCCCAUUGGCUUCAAAUCCAUUUUCCAGUAGUGGGAAAUUCAGAGCUAUUGAGGAGAUCUGAGUUGAAAGUGUGUUGUAGAGAUGAGCCUUUCCGUUGUUCAUAAUGGAGAACUGCAGAUCUUCCAAAUGAAGGAAUGUUUCUCCAGUGUCCUGCUUCCAAUUCGUGGUUAUUAAACAUCUUGUGUAAGUUGGUCCCGAGGCCAAAAAGUUCAAGAUAAAGGUUGAAAUUACAAAGAGCCAGUGCAGACAGAUGCUUAGAUCGGUGUUAGGAAACUGGCUACUUAGUGUUGCAAAAGUGGACUAAACUUAAAAUUUACUUUUGCAUUUUACACCACUGGUUAUCUGAGUUCCAUUUUUGGUCAUCGAUUGUGGAACAGAAGUAUUGAAUGUACAGAUAUUCCCUCAAUAUAUGAAUUCAAUCUAAACGUUCAUCGUUAAAGACAUCAUAAGAUGAAAGAGCAUGUUUUCAACUUUGUAACAUUAAAGGAAAUAAUGUUACACAGAAGACAUGUCUAUUAAGUUAUAUGAAGGGGGCUGGUGUAGUUCCUUGUUUAAAAUUUUCACCUGCAAAGGUAAUGACUGCCAGAAAUUACUUUUUGAGCUCUGAUUGGCUCUCGGUAAUGAGAUGGCCAGAAGGAUCUUUAUCUUUUCUGAGUUCUACUUCUUUUGAAAGGGCUUCUUAAAAGCCAUUGACUUGGUUCCUAAACGCUUGGCCCUGUGUACAGUACAGAGGCUAAGUGCACUUAACACAAACUUCUUUCCAUUAACCACUCUGGCAUCAUGAUUUUGGGAAUGAGGAGAACUAAUACUGUUACAUUGUGUUCCUGUGUGGUUUUUACUUUGAUAGAAUGAUGUUGCUACCCUUUUCAAACUGAGUCCUGAAUUGAUAAGACACCCACUUAGUGAUAGCACUUAGCACUCAUUUGAAUGUUGGAACUUCUGAAUUUAUAUUCGGCAAGCAAUGCGCAUUUUAGUUCAGUGACAGUAAUUAAUGUAAGCCAAACUCUGUAUCAUAUCAAAAUAAGUGUGCAUUUAAAAACUGUGAGUACAAAUCUCACCCAAUGUGACCAUAUAUGCCAUUGCGUUUCUCAUAGGAAAAGGUUUGUGAGGAUGAGUGGUAUUUAUUCCUUAUAUCUAAUUGUCAAACAAUUCAGUUUACAGUUCACAACAGAGUGAGUCUGGAGGUGCAUUUUACCCAAGGACCAUGUGAGAGUAUGAGGUUGGUCUCACCAACUAGCCUAACAUUUGCACGUUAAAGUGGUGCUGUGAGAGGGGCCCCUGUCGUUUAACCUCUGGAGCGAGGCAUUGUAAUUCCAGUAUAUGUAAUGAUUUACAUAUCAUGUCCUUCAGAAGCACACGUGAGGACUGUGUUACGCCUGCCAGUGUAACUCUAUGUUCAAUUGUAGGAGUUCAGGGCAAUUAAAUGGUCUUGUACAAUCAUUUCCAUAUUUAAGCUGGAGUUGGGCUACAUUCUUGCUUUGUCUGUGAAGUUGCUGGACUCUGGCUCCCAUUGGACCUAACUCUGCAAAGUGAAUACCAAAGAAUGCAUUAAUAAGUUGUGAGCUGCCAAGUCACGUAUAGACGGGAGAUCUCAGGCCUCCACUGGUUAAAGAGCUUCAAGUAUAUCUAGCACCUUUGACAAAUGUGUGUUUAAAAAAAAAUCUAUUUUUUGUUACACUUUCCAAUAUACCAUUUCUAUAAGCUCCUUGAUGUUUUCAGCACUACAAGAUCCACUGAAUAGAUUUCAUAUUUUUUUUAUUUAAUUAAGUCACUCCAGCACCCAUCGAAUCCUCAGGUCAGAAACUUGAAGUAGAGUUUUAUCAGCUUCCAGUACUCAAGUCUAUGAUUUAUUUACUGGAGAACCAUUCUGUCAUCUGGUGCAAGAGGUUAUCUGUUUUGUGAGCUUGGCAGUGUGGGAAUUAUGGACACCUUGAAGUGAACCUCCAAGGUUCCCUCAAAGUUGAAAAUUUUGAUAGUAGAAAUAAGCUCAAAACAGGGAAGGUCAACAGAAAAAAAAACUUUCAAUCAUCUCACAUUGUUUUCUUCAGUCUUGAAAUGUUAACUGUUGCAUUUAAAGCAAGUUACAGAAUUUGGAUAUUUGAGUUGUCUUAUUCUAUUCAGACACCCAAAUAAUGAUUAAAUAUAUUGCCAAUGACUUUAACACAACAGCAUAUUCAUAAAUUUAUUGUAUAUUGAUGAAUGUAUGAUUUAUAUUUGGGAUCUGGGCAUUACUGCCAAGGCUACCAUUUGCCGUCCAUCAAUUGGCACUUGAAAAUGGUGGUGAGCAAGAGGCUUGCCUGGCCAUUAAAAGUUAACCACAUCGGGAUGGUCGGAUGUGGGUUUUUAAUGACAAUCUGGUAGUUUUGUAGCCAUCAUUGCCAACGGUACUUGUUAUUGUCCAGAAUCCAAAUUCCACAAAUACAGUGGUGGGAUUUGAACUCUGGUCCGUGGAGUAUAGGUCCAGAUCUCUGAUCAUUAGGCAAUAAUCUAAAUGUUAGACCAACCCUGUUCUACUUAAAUCUGAUAUGUACAGUACUGUGCAACAGUCUUCUGCACAUAUAUAUGGCUAGGGUACUUAAGACUUUUGCACGGUACUCUAGUAUAAUUUUCUGUGUUGCAUUGUACUGAUGUCGCAACAAAAAAAAAAUCAUGACAUAUGUCAGUGAUGACAAACCUGAGUCUGAUACUGGUCUCUGUUGUGGACUGAGAGUGGGAAGGGGACCAGGAGAGGGGAUUCGUGGAUGGGAAAAGGGGAAGAGAGCGGGAAGCACCAGAGAGACAUUCUGUAAUGAUCAAUAAACCAAUUGUUUGGAAUCAAAUUACCUUGCCUGGUGUCUCAGGGCUGGGUGUGUCUGCACACUCACAACCACCCCCACCCCACCCCACCGGCACUUCCUCCAUGCCACCUGUCCCACACCCUUCCUACAGAGCUGCACCCUCACCAUUCCUAACAUCCUUUGCUCCAGCCAGAUUUACAAACUUGCUCUCUGCUCCACAUUGACAAAUACAGUAAUGUGCAAAGGUCUUAGCACCCGAGCUAUAAACGUAUACUGUACAGUGCCUAAGACAUUCGCACAGAACUGUAAAUGCAACUGGUUGGUUGUGGUCAACCAUAGAAAUGCUAGCCUACAAUAAAUCAAGAAGUGGCAAUGCAAGUGACUGUUUUGGUUUUCCAGCUCAUCACACAAAAACUCUGGUUUUGAAGUGUCAACAUUUCCCUACACGGACAAUACAUGGGCGUAGGUAAAUGUGAGAAUUCACUCUCUCCUGUGUAGACUGAACAGUUUUGCAAC